GAGCAGCUGGACGGUGCUCAGUCCAAGCACGAGCGGAGGUGCCCGCCCUGCAUGCUGCAGUGCGGCGGGCAGCCCGGGAGUGACGGGCAGCCCGGGCCACCCACCGACCUGCUGUGCCUCUACGUCCCCCCGCCGGAGACGUGGGAGACCAUGCUCCCCAGAAGCGGCGCGGCACGCCCGAGCCCGCAGUGCUCCUGCGGGGGCGAGGAGGACGCCUUUACCGACCUGGUGCCGAUAGUGCGCAGGCAGGCGCUGGCCGCGUCCGCGCCGGCGGCGGGCGGGCCAGAGACACCAGCCAAGACGAAGGUGCAGACCACGGAGUGGCUGUUCAAGCCACGAGACGGCAGGGCCGUGGUGGUCUUCGCGGCGCCCCGCUUCGGCGCCCCGCUCACGGGCCACACGCUGAAGCCCGGCGAGCGGUUCCGCGCGGCCGAGGUGCAGGAGAGCGGGGAGGAGGGCGGCCUCCGCUUCCUGCGGCUCGCAGACCACCGGGGCGGGUGGGUGGUGGACCGCGAGCCUGGCCACGAGAUGUGCUACAGGCUCUCCGACGGGCUGGACGAGCUCUGGAUGUACGCGCCGGCCAACGGGAAGCCCAUGGGCAUCCGCGGGGAGCCCCACGUCUGGGGAGCCAGGACGGGCGGCAGCCUGAGCCCGGGCCAGACGUUCCGAGUGAGCGAGAUACGGGCCGGCGACAGCGGCGUCCUCUUCCUGAGGCUGUCGGACGGCCAGGGCUGGGUGUUCGACGAGAAGUUCUCUGCCCCGUUCGACGGCGAGCUGGGCAGCCCGCGAGGUUAUUCCGCGCUAUUGUCUCCUCGACGAGGUGUCAAGGCCGAGCUCGUCUGGGCCGAAGCGCCCGACGGCGUGCUGUGCAAGAGGGUGCUGGACGAGACGUGGAUCUGCCAGCCUGCAAGGAGGCGGCCGGUCCCGAUCCUGGAGAGCCCCCACAUCGGCGCGGAAAAGACAGGUUACAAGAUGCACCCGCAGGAGACGUUCAAGGUCGUCGAGAUAGAGGCGGGCGCGGGCGCGGAUGCCAGCGUCUUGUUCUUGAGGCUCGCGGACGGCCGGGGCUGGCUGUUCGACGAGCACCCCGAUUUGGGACGGAUGUGCAGCAGGGUCCGAAACAUCGCCACGAGGACGACGCUUUUGACCGAGGCCGCCAACAAGAUCAGCGUGCAGUCCAUAAAAGAUUUCAGGAUUGGCGGCAUUGUCGAGAUCGUCAGUGCUAGCGGCACCGAGAGGGGCACCAUCAAAGACAUCCAGGAGUUCAAGCGUGAGAUCACUCUGAGCCGCGCACUGGUGCACGUGCACCCUGCAGGCUCCAGUGUCACUGCACAGCACGCGAAGCCCGCGCGAUGGUUCUAG